AUGGCUGGCAAUCGUACUCGGCGUGUCGCCAAGGAACUGGCCGACAUACACGCAGAUGUACAUUCAAUGAUCGCAGCAGAGCCUAUUGGCAACCAGGAUGACAUUACACAUUUGCGAGGAACCUUUCCUGGCCCACCUGACACGCCUUAUGAAGGGGGGAUGUAUCAUGUGGAUAUCAAGAUUCCCACAGAUUAUCCUUUCAGGCCUCCGACAAUGAAGUUUGAGACCAAAGUCUGGCAUCCCAACGUUAGCAGUCAAACGGGUGCCAUCUGUCUUGAUACCUUGUCAAGUGCCUGGUCACCAGUUCUUACCAUUAAGUCUGCGUUAAUAUCUCUCCAGUCAUUGCUUAGCACCCCCGAGCCUAAGGAUCCACAAGAUGCCGAAGUUGCGAAUAUGAUGCUUCAGCGGCCACAAGAAUUCCAGCGCAUUGCUCGUGAAUGGGCGAUCAUUUAUGCAGGUGCUCCAUCUUCCGACUCGGGUGACGCUUUGAAGGGAACUGCUGAAUCACCUCUGGAGAUUGAUGAUGACUCACAAGCCCAAUAUGAUGGCUACGAUGAAUUCCUGGUUGAUGGCUUCAAAGCAAUGGGAUUUUCGAUUGAGGAUGUCGUGCGAGUACUCGCAGAUCUUCAAAUCAGCCGGCACACCUGUCAACUAGACGAUGGCCAGGUCGAUGAUGUCUGCGCACGGCUGCUUGCAGGUGCUUGA